AUGUCUGGUUUGGAUUACUGUAAAAAAUGGUUGAGCAUCACUGGUAUAAUGACAACAAAUGUGAAGUUAUUCCAGAUUGUUUUCAAAACAAAAAAACGACUGAUCGAUUUUCAAAAAUAUAAUCUGUCGUCAUUAAUAUUGGUGGUUGGAACGUUUAACAUUAUUCUCGAUUGUUGUGCGGUAUUUUAAAAUUUGGAUCAUAAAGUAUAACCCGGUUAUAGUUCACCGACAAUCGAACUUUGUGAAUACGGCGUCAUUUUUGUUGAUUCAACAAGUUGUCGUUCGACAUUUGUGUCACGUUUUAAUAUAUUUAUUUACUCUUCCGCAUUACGGAGAUUACUAUUCGAGAAAACGAGCUUUAACGUAAUAAAUCAGGGUUAAACUGUUUUCAAGAUAAUGACGUCUAAUACUCCUUGGCGUUCGCAACACCGUCAAACCCACGAUCGUGGUAACAAUAACCGAGUGUUUGAAGUACGAAAUCGUUUUUCUCAAAAAGAAACCAGCAUUGAUCUCGAGUCUAAACCUGAAAUCGUCGGAUAUUUUAGUCUUGAUGGAAAUCGAACUUAUUUGCCUGAUGCAUCCAACUUAUCUUAUUACAAUCCUCCAAAGAUAGAAAAUGUUUGUUUGGAUCUGAAUAAGGGUAUCGAAAAAGUUCGUAGAAAAUCUGCUUCUGCAGACGAAGAAAAAAUAAGAAAUCUACUUAAGUGGAUCUCACUUAACAAUGACAAAAUUCCAGCACCCGUUGAAUCUAGAAGAAGUAUUGAACCAACAUUCGUAUGUUUUCGAGGCUUAUUGAGAUUGCUCUUGUGUACUCCGUAUUCACCCAAAGAUCCUUGGAUAAUUUGUGCUGCCAGAUGGAAAGGGACAAUAUAUUUGUGUGAAUUCAAAACACCAGAAGAAAAACGUCGCAACGCCAACAUGUCGAAGGAAAUGCUGAAAUUCAUGUCAUGGGGUUUCAAAUUCGAAAAAUACAUUUUAUCAGAUGCUCCUGAUCAGCAACCGGAUGCAUCACAACCAGUGGAUGAAUCGGAGGAAUUUUGUUGCAUGUUUCAACGUAAAAUCGGUCUGAGAUAUUUCAAUCCAGUGGAAAAUCCAGUUCCCAUCGAUCUGAAUGAAGGUUUCGAAAACAUUGUGGUCAGCCAAGCAGAAAUAAAAAAAAUACGAGCGUUGCAAUGGAUCGAUGAGAAUCGGGAUACGAUCAAAGCUUCUCCUGAAACUGGACGCUUGAUAGAACCAAAUUUUGUAUGCUCUCCUCAAACACUAGUGCUUUUCAUGUCCGCGUCUUAUGUACCAUUCCAAAGCUGGGGCAUGUGGGCUGCAAAAUGGCAAGGAACAAUAUACAUAAAAACUGCUGCAGGUUUUAAUAGAGGGAACUAUGAAAAUGAUGAAAAAUUUUGGUAUCGGAAUCAUAAAUUCUGUGAAUACGUUGUCUCAGAAUCUCCAAAGGAAGCUCCGAAUCCUAAAAAACCAUUGGUGAAGGAUGAAGCAUUCCGAUGUAUCUAUCAGCGGCAGUUUGGCCAACAUUCUGUGCUGUAUUCGGCUUCGAGAAAGGCAGUGCUGUCCGACAAAAUAUUUUCAGAUCCACUACCGCUUGAUGAACUUAAAUUCAUCGAUUUGCGUAUAAGCAAAACAAUCAAAUAUCAAGGACAAGAGACCUAUUUGAAGAAAUAUAUAUUUUUAAGAUGGUGGGCAAAUGUAAUUCUCGUCAAUGAUGAUCAAGUGUUAUGUGGUUUUCGAGAUGAUAAUGGAAUUGUCCACGAAUUGAAAACAUACAAAACUGAUGAUCUGCCCAAAUUGUCAGAGGGUUUUUGGGAUCCACAGAAAUGUCUUGACUCCUGUGAAACAAUCUUGACAACAAUUGCAGAAACUGUCGUUGAAGAUUGUGACAAAAUGAUUUACGAAAUUGUCAAGAAACCCAGAAAAAACAUUGAGAUCAACAAAUUGGAGCCUUCAGAAGAAAAUUCUGUUGUACCGGAGUGGUACAAAAAUUCCAUGAUCCGAUAAAUCAAUUACUAUGUGGUUCAAAUGCAACAGAAACAGUUCAAAUACUUCACCAGUGUUAACCUUUUUUUUAUGGAAUAUAUGCACAAGUUCAUUCUCUGGAGGUGUAUGGAAAAAAAAUAAAGAAUUUUGUAUUGAA